UCCGUAGUUGCUAAGUAACCACUGCAGAGGCCAGAGGCUGCAUCACCGAAUAACCAAUGGAUUCUGAAAAUGUAAUUGCCUUAUCGUAGUGUAGAUAAACCAAAACGAUCAUUGAAAAUGAUGGAUGAGGGAACGGAGUUAUCACUCACAAUUGCGCAAAUUGUCCAGCGACUGAAAGGAACUCAUUUACACUCUCAAAUAGAGAGACAGGCCAAAGUGAGUAGCUAGCUAGCUGCUCUGCAGAACCGAAAGCAUUUACCGAAAGGCAUGUGCAACAACGAAUGUUGUCCUACCUGUCUGCUGCUGUGACAUUUAACAGCUGUCAAAGCUAUACAAAUAUUUGCCUUAUCUAGCUAUAAUAUUGAUUUUACAACCAGUAACUAACUGCUUGACAUGCCAAAAAUAUCUAGCUAUGUAGCGAAUUUGCUAAACUAUUUUCUUAUUCUAUUUAGGAGUGUUUGCAUAGACCCGAGAUAAAAUUAGAAUCUGUAAAAGAGGACGUUCGUAAUUUUCUCAAAGUAUCAGGUAAGCGCGUGAUGCAAAAUAAAUGUUUUUGUGGGUAAUAGCUAGCAAGCUGUCAUGGACUGGACAUACAUUGAAUAUCAUGCAGGAGGUGUUGCAAAUGAAUGCCUUUAUUUUGUGUUGCAGGUUGGGAGAGAAAGCUACAGAAUGCAGUAUACAGAGAGUUGCACGUGUAAGUGUUUUUUCUAUAAAACAUGUUUUGUUAUGUAUAAGCAUAUAAAAUGUAUAACAUGUACAUGCGCGCACAGGCACACAGAUAGACAGAGAGAGAGAGUAAGAGAUUGAGAGAGAUCAGGCAGAGAGAGAAAGGGAGGUGUAAUGGUAUGUUCCCUUACUGAAGUUUGGUUCUAACUGUUUAUAUAACAUUUAUGAGAGGGAAUCACCUGAAAUGUUCAGCCAAUGCUCGUUUAAAACAGACUCCAGUAAAAGUGAUUCUGCGCUUUAGUCUUGGCCAAGAGCCACACUCCAAACCAGAUCCCAAAACUAGCACUAAUGCUCCAACCAUCAUCCAAUGCCAGGAGGUCUCAUGCUUUUAUCCUCCUGUUAUGUCUGUCUGUCUAGACCUAUUUGUAUCAGAUAUGGACAGACAGAUGCAUGUUCGUUGCAUUGCUAACAUUUAUUUUUCAAACAGACAACACUUUUUCAGCUUCUCUGUUUGUAUGAUCAAAUCAUGAGUUGUUGUUCAGUUUGACCAAAUGUAGCCCGAGUCACCUUAAGUCACUCAAGAGUACCAUGGUGUCCUACUGUCGUGAGAUAAAAACAAACUAAUUCAGCUGUUGAGUAAUCCUUCCCAAGUGCAUUUUUACAGUGUUAAACCUACCUUGCCUGAACCAACUGCCUGAACUUGAGGAUGGCCAGUUUUUCACUACAACAUAAAGAGUUGAAUUAUGCCUUCCUCUUUUGAACAUGAGUCAUCCGUGUAUGUCCCCGUUUAGGUGACGUGUUUAGAUAAAGAUGAUGUUUUAUAACACAAGGGCCGUCUUCAAUGGACUCGAUCCUGUUUUUGUCCUCCAGACGGCCAGAGUCAUUUGGUUAGGCUGAAUGAUAAGUGGUCAAAGACAGGAGGCAUGAGGUGGGUCCAGUGGAGGAACCCAGACCUUCUCCUUCAACUGGAGAGAUAGCCUUCAGAUGGUCUUGGUUGAAUGUUCUUUUUCCCCCAGUCAUUUGAUUGCAUAAAUAAAUAAAAAAUCUUCAAUAUGUUGCUGAUAGUAAAGGAUCCUACUGUUUUUACGGGUUGAUUGUCAUGCAUUUAUUUGACGAAAUUAGCCUAUUCUCUCUCUCUCUCUCUCUCUCUCUCUCUCUCUCUCUCUCUCUCUCUCUCUCUCUCUCUCUCUCUCUCUCUCUCUCUCUCUCUCUCUCUCUCUCUCUCUCUCCCCUCCCCCUUCUCUCUAUCUCUCUCUUACUCACUCUCUCUCUCUUUCUCUCUCUCUCUAGUCAGCUGCCCCCCAGCCACCCUGCAGCUCCCCCAGAGCACGCCAAGGAGCCGCUGGCGUACAUGCGCAAGGCCCAGGUGGGUCUGUCGCUUUCCAUCCCUCUCUCCUUCUAUUCCUUCUCUUCCUUUCUCCAUCACUCCUCAUUUCAACAUCUCUUUUGUGGUUCUAUCUCUCAGAUUUGUCUGGUGACUUAGCAUAGAAGAUAUGUUUCAGUUAAGCAGAUACGUUUUGGUGAAGAAGGGAUUUUUCUGCCAUUGAAAUUCUUGGGCUGCGUUUUCUCCGGUAGCCUAAGUCGAAACAGUGUAAAAAAGAUAUAUAUAUAUAUUUUCGGAAUGGAAACAAUGCGUUCAGUGUAAACUUAAAUGACUAAAACCAGAUAUAAAGUAUAUAGAAAAGAUGGGGACCUAUAUAGUUGUGUGUGUGUGUCUUCCCCUACAGGCAAGCUGGGAGAAGCGUAUCCUCAAAAGCCUGAACAGCAUGUGCACAGAGCUGGGUGUACCCUUGGCUCGUAAGGUAAAUUGGUUUAUGACAGCAUGUAAAAGGGUACUCAAUCUAAGAUGAGGUCAUCAAGAAUGUUCUCAGAGGGCCCUGUGUGUCAGUAUAGAUUUCAAAUGUUUGAGGUCUUUCAAUCUCAGUGUUAAUGUCUUCAGUCUGUUGACAAACUACUUUAUUGACAAUUCUUAACUUUCUGUUUUGUAGAGGCCAGCUGUGGAGCAGAAGGAGUUGACCAACAAGUGGAACGAGAUGGGGACAGACGAACCAGGUCUUUAUCUACAAACUCCAUGUUGAUGACACUGUUUAUAAGUGUGGAUUAACUAGAGUUAUUUUAACAUUGCAGGAGGAUGUAACCCUUGCCAUUGUAAUUAAGGGUGUGUGUGUGUGUGUGCCAUGCAUACUUAUAUACCUCUUGCGUAGGUGCAUUACCGUUGGUUAACGCUGCUUGUGCACAGUACUCUGUGUAACAGAACAGUCUCCUAACAAUGCUAUCUGAGAAGGGGGUAUAAUAACAUUUACGAGUGUGUGCCGGGCCUUGGCAUAAACAGCAGGCCUUGUGAAUCCAGAGGAUAACCAGACUCCUGGGCCUCGCCUCGCUCCGAUAACGAGUGGAACUCCCCUUCCAACCUUAACAUGCUCUCUUUCUGGACUGACCAUGCACUUGACUUAGACUGAAGAUGAUAACUUCUAACUGCCUGACUUUGCUGGGAAUUCUCUUUCCAGUGAAGACGUUAUACAAUUUCUCUCCAUUGGAGAUUACCUAAAUUAAUGUCUAAUUUGCCAACACAUACUAUGGAUGGUUGCAUCAUCAGGCUAACUUUGAUGACCAUUGAAUGGAUAUUAUCCAUUCAGUGGUCACCAAAGUUAGCUUGAUGAUGCAACCAUCCACCCAGCAUCUUUGUGUUACAAUAUUAUUGUUAUUCGCAAGAAAAACUUUAAUGCUCCUUUGUCUUUGGCCUUUUGUACAGAUCUAAGUCGUUUCAGGCCUGUCUAUGCCCCCAAAGACUUUCUGGAGGUAAAUGUACUUCAUCUCAAUCAAUAUGUUCAGAUUGGCGACUUAAUACUCCAAAUGACUCCAUUUCCCAUGAUUCCCAGGUGCUGAUCAGCCUGCGGAACCCGAACCAUGACAGCAGUGAGGAGGCCAGCGCAAAGAGUCACUGGGGCCUCAUCCAGGUGCCCCUCCACGACAGAGGCAUACCUCAGAUGGUAGGGGAAACAGUGUGUGUGUGUGUGUGUGUGUCUGUGUUUGUCUGUGGCGUGUGUGUCUGUCUGUGUCUGUGUGUCGUUCCACAGGUGGUAGGAGAAACACUUGAGCUGAACCAUCUGUGUGUUUAUACAUUUAUACUGCAUCUGUAGAAGUAUAAUCUAUGAGACAUCCUAUACUUUGGGGCACGUGUCAAAUUCAAUCCACGGAGGGCCGAGUGUCUUUGGGUUUUCGCUCCUCCCUUGUACUUGAUUGAUGAAAUAAGUUCACUAAUUAGUAAGUAACUCCCCUCACCUGGUUGUCUAUGUCUUAAUUGAAAGAAAACCCCAAAACCUGCAGAUACUAUGACCUCCAUGGAAUGAGUUUGACUGCCAUGCUUUAGGGGAACAGGAACUAUAUGUCUGUGUGUGUUUAUUGAUACAGUGCAUGUAAUACAUGGAGCAGUAUCAUUUACAGUAUCUCACUUGAAAGACCUACUCAUGGUAAAUCCCAGAUGAUUUGUGUUUAAUGAUGACUCAAUGGUGUUUACUCCAAUUUGUAUGUUUUGUCCCUUCAGAGAGAGGCCUAUUCAGAGCUGAGCCUGACCACGGGGCAGCUGGGUAUUGACGACCAUACACACGUACCUCCAGGUAAAACUCAACUAACCUGCACUGAGCUAGCGUUCUGUGUCCUGAUGAAAAUACUCAUACUUUUCGGCCUGUAAACAAAGCUUGAAAUGGAGAAUGAUGGAUCAUUUAGCGGUAAUUCAUAUUCCAUAUCAAGUUGGACGAACUUCUAGGUCUACAGUAAAUUAUUCAAAAUCAUCACAUAAAAUCAUCUUUACCUAUCAAAUACAGAAAUAAAUCGGGAUAAACAAAGAACAUUUCAGUUGAUAUCUUAUCAGUUUGUGUCAAUAUUUCUCAUGACAUUCGGCCGUCUGGCAUCUCUCAAGCAAUAUCUGUGUGUCUAAGAAGGAUUUAAAUAUCAUUGUAUUCAGAGCCUUAUGUUUGUAAAUCAAACUGAUACAGUAGUCCGUUCUGGAAACAGAUCCACUUCAGGCUGACAACUGAUAUAUUUUUGUUGUCCCUCUUUUUCCUAUCGCCGGGCAGAUUUGUUUGAAAGCGAGCAUAUUCGCAUUGGGAAGAAAGGUAAGAUAGAUAGAUGGCUGGUUCAUUCAGGAUCCUAUUUAUUUAGUAGUGUGUAUCUCUCUUUUUGUCUUAUUGUAUCGUAGCCAGUUGGUCCUCUCUGGAAUAUGUCUUCCUGACAUUGAAGUGGGACUUUUGAUACUGCAUGCACUCAUGCACACACACACACACUAGGGCUGGGAGAUAUGGCCCAAAUAUAUCAUAAUAUUUUUCCGUUUUUUUUAUAUAUAUACUGUACAUUCUAAGUGAUUUCAAUGGGGCUUUCUCCAUUCUGAUUGUUUUAUACUGUUCAGUCAAACUUCAUCCAAAAGUUGAUCGAAUUUGAUAUAAUUUCUACACUGCCACGUAGGGCUGCACGAACGAUAUGGGCAAAAAAUUGAGGCCUCAUCUUUUACCAAAUAUUGCAAUUACCAUAUGACUUGCGAUUUACACUGAGCAAAAAUAUAAACGCAACAUGAGCUGAAAUUAAAGAUCCCAGAAAUGUGCCAUAUGCACAAAAAUAUUAUUUUUCUUAAAUGUUGUGCACAAAUUUGUUUACGUCCCUGUUAGUGAGCAUUUCUCCUUUGCCAAGAUAAUCCAUCCACCUGACAGGUGUGGCAUAUCAAUUAGCUGAUUAAACAGCAUGAUCAUUACACAGGUGCACCUUGUGUUGGGGACAAUCAAAGGCCAAUCUAAAAUGCCACAGAUGUCUCAAGUUUUGAGGGAGCUUGCAAUUGGCAUGCUGACUGCAGGAAUAUCCACCAGAGCUGUUGCCAGAUAAUUCAAAGUUCAUUUCUCUACCAUAAGUCACCUCCAGCAUUGUUUUAGAGAAUUUGGCAGUACAUCCAACCAGCCUCACAACCGCAGACCACGUGUAUGGCGCCAUGUGGGCGACCAGUUUGCUGAUGUCAACGUUGUGAACAGAGACCCCAUGGUGGCGGUGGCGCAGUGGUCUAAGGCACUGCAUCGCAGUGCUAGCUGUGCCACUAGAGAUCCUGGUUCGAAUCCAGGCUCUGUCGUAGCCGGCCGCGACCGGGAGACCCAUGGGGUGGCGCACAAUUGGCCCAGGGUAGGGGAGGGAAUGGCUGGCAGGGAGGUAGCUCAGUUGAUAGAGCAUGGCGUUUGCAACGCCAGGGUUGUGGGUUCGAUUCCCACGGGGGGCCAGUAUAAAAAAAUCUAAAAAAUAAUAAUGUAUGCACUCACUAACUGUAAGCUCUGGAUAAGAGCGUCUGCUAAAUGACUAAAAUGUAAAUGUUAAAUGUUUUGGUAUGGGCAGGCAUAAGCUACGGACAAUGAACACUAUUGCAUUUUAUCGAUGGCAAUAUUAAUGCACAUAAAUACUGUGACGAGAUCCUGAGGCCCAUUGUGAGGCCCAUUUAUUUUAAGGUAUCUGUGACCAACAGAUGCAUAUCUGUAUUCCCAGUCAUGUGAAAUCCAUAGAUUAGGGCCUAAUGAAUUUAUUUCAAUUGACUGAUUUUCUCAUUUGAACUGUAACUCAGUAAAAUAUUUGAAAUUGUUGCAUGUUGCGUUUAUAUUUUUGUUCAGUAUAGAUUGAAACACUUGGGUGAACUGUUGGAAAAAUUAUAAUAAUAAUAUUAUUCUAUAGUUAGAAUGUAAUAGUGGACACUUUGAAUACAGUGUUGUUUGACAUGACAACGAAUGAAAAAGCCAGAGAGGCGUUCAUAGAAUUAGAAAUUAGAAUCUCUAUGGAGGCGUUAUGUGACAGGGUAGGAACCAAGUUUUGGUCAGUGGAGUGGGACCCUAUACUCAUUGGCUACAUUAAAUGUUUUCUCUUACUUUAUGUAGCUAACGUAUAAAUGCUUUGCCUAUUCCUCUCUGAUUUAGAAGAUACUCUUGAAAAACAACUUGCUUAUUUAGGCCUACAUCAGCACUGGUAUCAGGCUGUAUUAGCUAGUUACUGACUCAGUACAUUUAUUAGCUAGCCAGCUAACUAGCGAUUAGCAUUAGCGGCUAACAAUUUAUUUUAGAAACAUCUUGGUAAGAAAAGACAAACUAGCUGCUUAUAGAAAGCUUGUGGAUUUAUAUUAAGAAGCAAAGUGGAAAUCAGAAUCGUUGUCAUCAACAUAUUGUAUCUGCUGCAUUGACCAUGAAGACUGAAGUCAAGAGUGAACGGUCGGCAAGUGAUAGUGGUCAGGUAAGAAUAACUGCACUCCUUGAGUGACAACUCAAGUAGCGGAGUAAACUAUAAAAAUGGAGUGGUAUAUCACAUUUAAAAAGCCAAACAUGGAAAUACCUUUAUAGAAGGUAAAGUAAAAAACCAAACCUGCCCAUGCACGCAUCAAUACCGGUAUAUACACUACCAGUCAAAAGUUUGGACACACCUACUCAUUCAAGGGUUUUUCUUUAUUUUUACUAUUUUCUAUAUUGUAGAAUAAUAGUGAAGACAUCAAAACUAUGAAAUAACACAUAUGGAAUCAUGUAGUAACCCAAAAUGUGUUAAACAAAUCAAAAUAUAUUUUAUAUUUGAGAUUCUUCAAAUAAACACCCUUUGCCUUGAUGACAGCUUUGCACACUCUUGGCAUUCUCUCAACCAGCUUCAUGAGGUAGUCACCUGGAAUGCAUUUCAAUGAACAGGUGUGCCUUCUUAAAAGUUAAUUUGUGAAAUGUAUUUCCGUCUUAAUGCGUUUGAGCCAAUCAGUUGUGUUGUGACAAGAAGGUCAGUCAAUCCGGAAAGGGGGCUAUACAGAAGAUAGCCCUAUUUGGUUAAAGACCAAGUAUAUAUUAUUGCAAGAACAGCUCAAAUAAGCAAAGAGAAACAACAGUCCAUUAUUACUUUAAGACAUGAAGGUCUGUCAAUCCUGAACAUUUCUUCAAGUGCUGUCGCAAAAACCAUCAAGUGCUAUGAUGAAACUGGAUCUCAUGAGGACCGCCACAGGAAAGAAAGACCCAGAGUUACCUCUGCUGCAGAGGAUAAGUUCAUUAGAGUUACCAGCCUCAGAAAUUGCAGCCCAAAUAAAUGCUUCACAGAGUUCAAGAAACAGACACAUUUCAACAUCAACUGUUCAGAGGAGACUGCGUGAAUCAGGCCUUCUUGGUUGAAUUGCUGCAAAUAAACCACUACUAAAGGACACCAAUAAGAAGAAGAGACCUGCUUGGGCCAAGAAACACGCGCAAUGGACAUUAGACUGGUGGAAAUGUGUCCUUUGGUCUGGAGUCCAAAUUGGAGAUUUUUGGUUCCAACCGCCGUGUCUUUGUGAGACGCGGUGUGGGUGAACGGAUGAUCUCCGCAUAUGUAUUUCCCACUGUAAAGCAUGGAGGAGGAGGUGUUAUGGUGCGGGGGUGCUUUUCUGGUGACACUGUCUGUGAUUUAUUUAGAAUUCAAGGCACACUUAACCAGCAUGGCUACCACAGCAUUCUGCAGCGAUAUGCCAUCCCAUCUGGUUUGUGCUUAGUGGGUCUAUAAUUAGUUUUUCAACAUUACAAUGACCCAACACACCUCCAGGCUGUGUAAGGGCUAUUUGACCAAGAAGGAGAGUGAUGAGUGCCGAAUCAGAUGACCUGGCCUCCACAAUCCCCUGACCUCAACCUAAUUGAGAUGGUUUGGGAUGAGUUGGACCGCAGAAGGAAAAACAGCCAACAAGUGCUCAGCAAAUGUGGGAACUCCUUCAAGACUGUUGGAAAAGCAUCCCAGGUGACUACCUAAUGAAGUUUGUUGAGAGAAUGCAAAGCUGUCAUCAAGGCAAAGGGUGGCUACUUUAAAAUAAUAUAAAAUAUAUUUUGAUUUGUUUAACACUUUUUUGGUUACUACAUGAUUUAAUAUGUGUUAUUUAAUAGUUUUGAUGUCUUCACGAAUAUUCUACAAUGUAAAAAUAAAGAAAAACCCUUGAAUGAGUAGGUUUGUCCAAACUUUUGACUGGUAUUGUAGUAAAAUAUGGUAUACCGCCCAGCCCUAACACACACACUUGUUUUUCUAUCCUCGUGGAGACCUAAAAUGGAUUUCCAUUCAAAAUCUUACUUUCCCUUUCCCUAACCCUUACCCUAACCUUAACCCCUAAACCUAACCCUAAUUGUAACCCUAAACCUUACACCUAAGCUUAAAAUAGAAUUUUCCUUGUUUUACUAUCCUUGUGGGGACUUUUGGAGAUUUCAGGUCCCCACUAAGAUAGAAGAACAAGACCACACACACCUUUCACCCCACUCCCAUCGGAAACCCCUAAAGGUAGCUCCUGCCAUAACUAAUCCUCUCCUUCACCCUCUCAAGUGGCCUAGUCUCCCUUACACUUUUGCACUCUACCCUAUCCCUGUAUGCUGAGCCUAAUGUAAACAUUAGCGGGGACGCCUCUUAUAGGGCUGAAUCAGAGUCCAGGCCUGGCCAGGGGACACAUAAUAACACAGGGACCCAUUUUGUAUACAACCCCUUAGUGCCCUCACAGUCUGUUCUACAUGGGUAGGAAUGUGUUUUAACACCGCAAAGGCCAAGCGGACGCUAGACCAAGGGAGGAUAGCACUCUAAAUGUGGAUUAAAGAGGAACAGGAGGGCAGAAUGUUUAUGUUGGAUUGUGUUAUUGGCUCUCCGACACCUGGAGUGAGUGGAGUCAAGGGCCAUGUGUGUUUGGGACCUGUUGUAGUGGAAGGAGCAAGAUGGAAGGUUCAGAUUCAGAUAGGGUCUGGUGUGAUCGGUUGCAGUCAGUUUGUUUUAGUUGUGUGUUUAUCAGAUGGGGAAAGUUGUGUUGCUAUAAUGACAGUGAGACAUUUUGUUAUGGUCCUGGUAUGUUUACAGUGGUGUGAGUCAGUGGAGUGUGUAAUAUAUUUAUUUUCAUUUUGAAUUCAAAUGAAGUAUUUAAAUGUAUAUAAAGGAGAUCUCUCUCAGUUGUGAUAUAAUGUAACUACUGCUAUACUAUUGUUGUAUUAUGAGUGUAUCCUCUGUGUGUGUUGUUCCAGUGGUGAGUGAGCAGGACAGUGCAGCUGCCCAGCAGUACAGUAGACAGGGCUGUCCCACCGGCCUACGAGCUGACCUCUGGGCCCUCAUCCUCAACUCCACCAAUGAGCCUGAGGUAACGCACACACAGACACACACACAAACACGCUGACUGGUUAAGUGGUUACCAAUGUUUUGUAGAUUCAUGUAUCAUUAUGUUAAUGUUAAAGACAAUGAUGUUGAACCUGCUACUCUGGGUUUUCUCUCCGUCUGCCUGUGUUUGUUAUGGCCAGGCACACACAGCUGUUGCGGUUCCCAAGACCCAUGUUUUCUAGGGCUUGAAGUUACUCACCUCUUCCUGAACCUUCUCUUUCACUCUCUGAACCCUCUCCAGUGUUAAUGGUUGACAUGACCUAUCUCCAUCAUUCACACUGGAAGAGAGGAACUGUUUAGGGGGGUCGUUUUGGUAGAAAGGAAACUCAGGUCAUAUUUACCUGUGUUGGUUCUUCUCCAUACAUUGGCUGUAUGUUAAUGUGGGGGCACGUAUGUUUAUCCUAAUUUAUAUUUAUGAGUGUUUAUGGAUGUUACCACCUGCGUAGCUUCAAAUAAGUUCUCCAAUAAAGAAGGUUGCAUGCAAUUAGAUUUAUCAAGCAUUACAGUUGAUUGAACCGUCAACUCUAGCAAAAAAUAUCUUAAUUCCUUUGGCAUUAGACAUUGUCCUAAAGGAAUUCACUUACUGUACAUGUAGGUACGGAUACGUAUUUUAUAGACUGAAUACCCGAAUGCCAUAUGCCUAGUUCAUAGUACAGGUUCCUGCAGUUGGAGGCAAUCCUCUGGCCAUAAAUUAGUGGCGCUCGUGUUUACACCAUCCUGCCGUAACUCGUCCCAGGGCACUGUGACCGCCAACGUAAUCAAACUGGUGCGAUUUAGCAAAGUUAGCUCAAACAAGAGGGCCUUCUCCCUGUGUGGCAAAUGACCGUGCCCUUCCGCAUUUGUAUAACCCAGGGAUCGGACCCCCGCCUCGCCGCAGGCCGAUUAAACAAUGCCCCUGCCGUGGGAAGAUUGAUCCCCUAGGAGAGUUACAGGGAUCCAGCGGAGGUCUGUAGAGCAUUACCUUCACCAGGCUCGACAGUAGGACAAACAGAGUUACGUUCAGGACAGGAGAGAGGACUAUCCACUAUCCGUACUCUAUGUGUGCCACUAGCUCUAGUCUGUAUGACAUAUCAGGUCACUCAGGAUAUUGUGUCAAUGCACAGGGAUUUAUGUUAAUAGAGUAUAACCUAAACAUCUUCAAGGACGACCUCCAGGUUGUAUUAACCAAUCACCACCAUCCUCUUAAACAGAACAUGCCCACUAUGUCCCAGAUACCCACCGUCAACCACCACCCAUCAACUCUCCGAUGACGUAGCCCGCAUCCCACAAUCCUUCAUGUUAAUAAGGGCUCUCCAGCGCAGACAGGCUAAUGGAUGGCAGAUGCCUUUAAGGGCCUCGCCCAGGAGACAGGGCUUCCCACGGGGCGAUAGAUGGAGGUGGUGGGCGGCCAUUCUUUACCCACUAUGUUAGGCAUAGACUCCUUAUGUACAGCCACUUACAGCUGGUUUGUGGCACAGAAGCAGCUGUAUACACAAUGCCCUUAAGGUACUGGAAGUAAAGCAUGGCAAAGCUGUUAAGUUGGAAUGUCAAGGGUGGAAAUGUCAAUCCGAAAGUGUUGUUGUGGAUAUACAGUAUUUGCCUUCUCAUCCAAAGGACAGGGAGGAAAGUUAAUGUGAAUGUCAAGUUUAAGUUACAUAUUAAUUUGAAUGUUAUUGUUGUUUGUGAUUGAGAACCUCAGUAAACACAAACACUGCUUCAGGCUGUUUUCUACCAAAUAAAAGGGUCUGAUUUAUUCAAACGAUAAAUGGAUUUGGGUAUCCUUAUACGUCCUGUGUCUUCUAGUUAAAAAAAUAAUUAAAAUAAAAUGUAUGACAUCCUAUCCUGAUCACUUGUUACUGUGGUAAUAUUUGAUACAUAUGAUAUUAUAACUACCUCACAUACAACCCAUAAUAAGACUAAGCAAUUAGCCCAUUAAAGGAAUUAUCUGACUCCAUAAGAUAAAUAUCAAUAUGCAAGAGACUAUAGUUAAACCAUGUGCUAUCAAGUAUUAUGCAUUUAGCUGACUAAGAUCAAGGAAUGGUCAUGCAGAGCGAAUAUCAAAGCAAGUAUUAUUUAAUAACGUAUUAUUGGAUUCACGUACAAGGCAUAAAGCUUAAGUUACAAAGCAUUAACAAGCAUUACAAGGCACUACUCUAGGCAUUAUCAGAGAGAGAGUGAGAGACAAAGAAACCAUGGCUUGUGCCGUGGCCCAUAGCUCAUGAGAGAGAGAAAGAUUCAGAUAGGCUUUGGCAAUGUAAACAUAUGUUUCCCACGCCAAUAAAGCCCUUUCAUUGAAUUGAGAGAGAGAGAUUAUCUCACCACAGCAGUUCAGGAACAAAAAAAAGAGAGAGACAAUUAAUCUAAGACCCUUUUAUAACAUCUGAGUUGUUUGGAUUCAAUAUCUGAGUUGUUGACUAAUAACAUUACUGUAAAGGUAACGAAUCAGAUAUCAGACCUACAUGAUGGAAUCACAACAGAACCUCUGAGGUGUGACAAUGGGGGUUGGCAAGAGCAACACAGAUAAUGCGUGCACACAGUUGAUAAGAAGAACUAUGGAUGCAAGUACUGACCAUCCAUGAUAUCAAAAUGAUAGUUUUAUUAAUGUUUUGAGGCUAUACAGUGUUUGUUUACAAUUAAACUGUUUACAAACAUUGGAAUAAAACAAGCUUAUUCUUUGGGUUCUGGUGGGUUACGACAGUUGAACUAAGCUAAUGAGGCAUUUAUAAGUGAUAUUCUUCAAGAAUUAAUGGGUAUAUGUCAUUAAUUUAAAAGUCAAAACAUUUAUGUAGCAAUCGUAGAUUGCCCCUUUAAUGUUUUAAAGGGAAUUUUAAUGUCUCAAAUUGACAAUAUCCAUCUUUGUGUUUUGAAUAUGUCUGGGAAGCCCUAUCUCUUGAUUCAGACAAGCAACCCGAACCCCAUCUCUCUUUUUCUCCCCACCAGUCUCUGAUUGCCAAAGUGCUUGAAGUCUGUCAGCGUUUAGGUUUUAUUCCUCUUUUCCUCCCUGUCUUCUGUAGCCUCGUUCUUUUAUGAUAGCUUUUCUCAGACCGGAGACAUGUCUGAUGUUAACUAUGUGGUGUGAAGUGUUUUAAGUGUUGAAGUACUUCCCAUAACACUAACCUUGCCUCUUCGUCUGACUAAAUCAUGGUCAUGUCAAUGUCAACAAGCACAUAAAUUGGACACAAUACACAAGGUGGUUUAAGGACAUCAGAUAGUAGUAAUACUUCAAUUCAAAUAGAUUAUUGUAUUAGAGGGCAAACAGAAUUAAUGCUGCUGUCUUUAGUUUCAUUUAGACCCACUUUCUGUAUUGGAAUGAGUGGUCAAGAAUUUGAAUAAAUGAUGGUCCCAUAUUAUUUGUACAUACUGUGGAGGUUGUAUCUUUUAGUUUGGUGUUAUUUGUAAGUGACUGACUGAUGUUUUGUUCGACAGGAUGUGAUGCAUUAUGAGCAGCUGAAGGCUGGGGUCAUACACCAUGACCUGCUGGUGGACAACCUCAUCUACAAGGUAGGCUUUGGUGUGCCAAUACAAGCAGGGAAACACUUACAACACAGCACAUGCAAACACGUGUGGUUGUGGAGAACCUUGGUUUUAUUUAUUUUCUCAUCCCCUAUGUUCUUUACAAACUAGUAGUGAUGUCAGGUAUUUCUUUCUUAUAGCUUUGUUUUGCUGUCAAUUAUCCUUACAUUGUUUUCUCCAGGAUGUGAAACUGACUGCGAGUAAUGAUGACUACUACUUUGUGUUUGAAGAUUUCCUGUAUCAGGUGAGUGUGACUCAUCUUCCCUCAUCCAUUUUCUCUUUCACGCUCUCUUUGGCUCUCUCUCUUUCACUCUCUCUCUCUUUUUCUUUCGCUCUCUCACGCUCUCUCUCUCUCUCAAGCACCUACUCAGCAGAAUGACUGUUCAGGACCUUUAAGGCAGCAAAAUGUGAAGAAUGUGCAAGGGGUGUGUUGACUUUCACUAGCGACUGUAUCUGCACAUACAAUAUGUGACGUAGGACACCAUUUUCGGGGACCACUUUUGGCUCGUCAGAACUACUGGCAAAAAAGUAUACAGAAGUACCAGAGCAUCUCUUUAAAAUGGAGUUGAGCCCAGUCUCUGAUGCACUGUCUCUUUUUGAUAUUUCUAAUUUUAUGUUAGUCUCUCUCAACCUAGACCUGAGCUGUAUAUUGACAGAAUUCUACAACUGUAUAGCGAGUUCACGAACAGUCAAUAUUGAUAAUUUAUCAGCGCAGAGCAGAUAAGCCACCAUAGAGAUUACAUAACCUGUCGUGCCACUGCUGUUCAGUAAACCGCUCGCAGCAUUCAGCGAAAUAGUUGCUAUCUUUCAGUUAAACACGGACGUAAACAAAUAAACCGGUAAAGCCAGACUGGAGACAUUCAUCUGUCACUAUAGUGUUGUCUGAUGCAAGUAUUUAUGGACAUAUGAAAUGCGCUGAAAUCAGGUUCUUUGAAUCAGCACUUGCUCCGAGUAUUUUGGUUGAUAGGGGUAUUCAAAACCAUGAUAGGGGAGCCUCUAUGUUAUAUACACUCUUAGAAAAAAGGGUGCUAAGUAGAACCAUACAGGGUUCUUUGGUUUGUCCCCAUAGGGGAACCCUUUUUGGUGCUGGGUAUAUAGAACCCUCAAUGUAGGGUUCUUCAAAGUACCCCCUGUAUAUGGUUCUACCGAGAACCCUCUAUGAUGGGUUCUACCAAGAACCAAUUUAUCAUCUAAAGGUUCUUCCUAGAACCCUCUAUGAACGGGUAGAACCCACCAGCCUUAUUAGCCUUUAAAAUUGUAUUAUUUAUGACAAUACAUUACAUAUAUCAUGCAUUUCUUUGAGGGCCUAGUUAUACCCUAACACAGUGGAGUUAGGAAUCUCAUAUCAGGCCUGCAAUUCACAUUAUGCUUGCAAAGUGAUGUGUAAUUCCUAUUGGAAUCCAGCCAGAGUUAGGAUAUCCAACAAGUGGAAUUGUUAAUCACCCACAACCUGCAUUCAGAAUGACUGCCAGGAUAGCGAAGAUUGAAUACUGAGACUACCUCAAUCAUCUAAACUGGAACAGCCAUCUCAGUAACUGGUGCAAUAAAUCCAAUUACUAACAGAUUGGAUUAGUUUAGAAAACAGUAUGUUAUUUAUCUUUGUGUAGCAUAAAAUUAAUAAACCAAUCAAUGUACAUGCAAAAACACAUAUUAAAGUAGUACAAACAAUUCUGAAAAUCUCCCUGCAAUAGAGCAUGCUGGGAAAUAUUAUAUAUGGUUCUAUGUAGAACCGUUCUUGCUUUCCAAAGAAUCCUUCUUGCCUCCCAAAGAACCUUUCUUCCAAAAAUGGUUCUUAAGAUGUUAAAGGUUCUAGGUAGAACACUUUGACUUACAAAGAGCCCUUGUCUUCCAAAAAGGGUUCUUGUAAUCAAAACGGUUCUUGGUAGAACCCUAUCCCUCUGCAAAGAACCCUUGUGGGUAUAAAUGUGUGUGUAACUAUAUCUGUUAGAAUGGAAGACUGUGUAUGUAGGAGUGGGAGUAGUUUAGUCUAGUGGUAUUCUAUACAGUCUGGUGUGCAUGUUAUUUUUACCACCAUUAUCUCCCCUCUGUGUACACGCUCUAACCUAACACAACCUACAUAGAUAAUACUCAAUCUUUUGUAUACAGUACCAUUCAAAAGUUUGGACACACCUACUCAUUCAAGGGUUUUUCUUUAUUUUUUACUAUUUUCUACCUUGUAGAAUAAUAGUGAAGACGUCAAAACUAUGAAAUAACACAUAUGGAAUCAUGUAGUAACCAAAAAGGUGUUUAGAAAAUCAAAAUAUAUUUUAUAAUUUAGAUUCUUCAAUGUAGCCACCCUUUGCCUUGAUGACACCUUUGCACACUCUUGGCAUUCUCUCAACUAGCUUCACCUGGAAUGCUUUUCCAACAGUCUUGAGGGAGUUCACAGAUAGUGUCACCAGCAAAGCACCCCCACACAAUCACACCUCCUCCUCCAUGCUUCACGGUGGGAACCACACAUGCGGUGAUAAUCCGUAAACCUACUUUGCGUCUCACAAAGACACGGCGGUUGGGACCAGAAAUCUCAAAUUUGAACUCAUCAGAUCAAAGGACAGAUUUCCACCAGUCUAAUGUCAAUCGCUCCUGUUUCUUGGCCCAAGCAAGUCUCUUCUUCUUAUUGGUGUCCUUUAGUAGUGGUUUCUUUGCAGCAAUUCGACCAUGAAGGCCUGAUUCACGGAGUCUCCUCUGAACAGUUGAUGUUGAGAUGUGUCUGUUACUUGAACUCUGUGAAGCAUUUAUUUGGGCUGCAAUUUCUGAGGCUGGUAACUCUAAUGAACUUAUCCUCUGUAGCAGAGGUAACUCUGGGUCUUCCUUUCCUGUGGCGGUCCGCAUGAGAGCCAGUUUCAUCAUAGCGCUUGAUGGUUUUUGCGACUGCACUUGAAGAAACGUUCAAAGUUCUUGAAAUGUUCCAGAUUGACUGACCUUCAUGUCUUAAAGUAAUGGACUGUCGUUUCUCUUUGCUUAUUUUAGCUGUUCUUGCCAUAAUAUGGACUUGGUCUUUUACCAAAUAGGGCUAUCUUCUGUACACCAACCCUACCUUGUCACAACACAACUGAUUGGCUCAAACGCAUUAAGAAGGAAAUAAAUUCCACAAAUUAACAUUUAACAAGGCACACCUGUUAAUUGAAAUGCAUUCCAGGUGAAGCUGGAAGCUCAUGAAGCUGGUUGAGAGAAUGCCAAGCGUGUGCGAAGCUGUCAUUAAGGGUGGCUACUUUGAAGAAUCUAAAAUCUAAAAUAUAUUUAACACUUUUUUGGUUACUAUAUGAUUCCAUAUGUGUUAUUUCAUAGUUUUGAUGUCUUCACUAUUAUUCUACAAUGUAACAAAUAAUACAAAUAAAGAAAAACCCUUGAAUGAGUAGGUGUGUCCAAACUUUUGACUGGUAGUGUAUAUAUAUACAUACAUACAUACAUCUCCCGUUUGGCAUGUCUCUUGUGAUGCCGUUCACAGCAGCACUGACGGAUGACAACUGCGUCUGAGUUUUGAACGACCUUUUCCCCCCUUUUGUUCCAUGCUGGCUGAAGACCUAGCAAGCCAGUAACUAGCUAACACCAGACACAGAUGAAAUGUAAGUUAAGUAUCUUUGCCAUAAAUUAAUAGGGAAACGUAUAAUUAUAUUUGCUGACACCCUACAGUUAAAUUUUGGCACCAGUAGAGUAGCUAUCUAGCUAUAUAAACCACCCCCCUCUGCAAACACGCCUUUUCCGAUGUUCGUUACAAGGCGGUAUUAAAAUGAGAGUUAAGGUGAUGUCACCUUGUCCCCUUAAUAAUGAAUCCAAGUGUUUGACAUAGGGGAGGGGACCAGUAACUUAAUAAUUCAACUUUAUCAAUGUAGAAGCAACAGUCAUUUUUCACCAAAGUGAAAGAAAGAUUAUAGAACAUUUUCCAAAUUACUAACAAAUACAAAACGAGGAUGUAUUGAUUGCGUAUGUCUUCACACCCUAGAGUUAAUACUUGGUGGAAGCACUUUUGGCAGCCAUUACAGCUGUGAAUAAUAUUUGAUAAGAUUCUAUCAACUAUGCACAACUCUUAGGGCAACAUAUAUCCAUUGUUUUUGUCAAAGUUUCUCAAGCUCAGUACAUUUGGUUGGGAAUCAAUGAUGGACAGCAAUAUUCAAACCUUGUCUCAGAUUUAAGUCAGGACGGAGACUGGACCAUUCAGGACAAAACAUUUAUUGGAACGCCAUUCUGCACAGCAAAUUGAGUGUUGAUUCUAUCAGGGUUAAUAUCAGUGGGAUUGAAAUUGACACCACAUGCAGUGAAUAAAUGUGUUAUAAAUCUUAUUUGAAUCACAGUGGAAUCAAGACUGCGUGGUAUUGUUGUUACUCGACUGUGUUGAGUUAAUUUCCGUUAACUCUCUCAGAAUGAAAAAGACGUGAGAGGGGCCUCAUUAUCAUUCUUCCCAGAAUGCUUUGUUGCAGGUUGAUUUUUAGAAUAGUUUGUUUUCAUAUCUAUGUUUCUGCAUGAACAUUGAUUGAUGAAUUGAUCUUACACUAUACAAAGAUAAAUAACUAACAUUUUUCUAAACUAAUCCAAUCUGUAAGGGGUUGGAUUUAUUGCACCUGUUAGUGAGAUGGUUUAGGUAGUCUUGUUUGCCAAGUCCUUCAGCAUAGCAGUCAUUCUGAAUGCAGGUUGUGGGUGAUAAAAUAUUAUAAUUGUGGGAUAUCCUCCCUCUGGCUGGAUUCCGAUAGGAAUUACUAAUCACUUCCCAAACCAGCUUAUUGUGAUUUGCAGGUCUGAUGUGGCCCAUGAACCAAGAUUUUCAGACCACAAUGUGGAGGAUAACUAGGCCAUAACUAGAUGUAUAAUAUAUGGUCAUAAAGGGUUUACUUUUAAUUCAAACACAUGCAUUUAGCAGUCACUUGGUGAAGGCUUCAGGUCUAGGAGUUAGUGACAAAGACAUGGUUGUUGCAUUCAAUAACAAACACACUCAUGAGUGGGUAUAUCUCACAUUCACUUGAAAGGCAUGCUGAGAAAUAUUCAAAUAAGGAUUUACAACCUACAAUGUUAAAACCCCCAAAAUACUGUAACACUACAUGUGUUAUUCCUUUUUCUCAGCAAUUUCGUGAUAUCCAAUUUCGAUCUUGUCUCAUUGCUGCAACUCCCCAACGGGCUCGGGAGAGGUGAAGGUAGAGCCAUGUGUCCUCCGAAACAUGAACCGCCAAACCGUGCUUCUUAACAGCCGCCCGCUUAACCUGGAAGCCAGCCACACCAAUGUGUCGGAGGAAACACCAUUCAACUGACAAUCGAAGUCAACCUGCAGGUGCCCGGGCCUUCCACAAGGAGUCGCUAGAGCGCAAUGAGCCAAGUAAAGCCAAACCCUCCCCUGACCUGGACGACACUGGGACAAUUGUGCGCCGCCCUAUGGGACUCCCGGUCACAGCCGGUUGUGACACAGCCUGGGAUCGAACCCGGGUCUAUAGUGCUGCGCCACUUGGGAGGCCAAUAAAGUGUUAAUUUAUGUCGGAAUUUGCCACACCCAUGGUGUUAGGGACCAACACUCUAGGGGUGUUAGUUUGUGAACACUUUGAAAAGUGUUCGUUUAAUAUUAUUUCAGUGGGUCACAUAUAAUUUCUAAGAAAGUGUUAAAUUUAACACUGUGGGUGUUAAAAUUCUGAUCUCAAAUGUACUGUGUCUUUGGCAUUAAAAAUUGUGUAAUUGCCACAUGGAAAAAUAAAAUCUCAGGGUUAGGUUUUCAGAAGACUGUGGCGGGUUUUCCUCAAACUUUUUAACUGGGCUUUGCUCCUUUUCUAUUUAUUUUGAUCCUAACAAACUCCCCCAGUCCAUGCCGGUGACAAGCAUAACCAUAACAUGAUGCUGCCACCACAAUACUUUAAAAUACAAAUAUUGCUUGAUAAUCAGAAACAAGGUUUGUAUAUUGCUGUCGAUCCAUGAUUCCCAACCAAAUUUACUGAGCUUGAGCCAUUUUGACAAAAACAAUGGUUGCCCUAAGAGUUGUGCAAAUUUGGUAGAAUAUAAUUCAAAAUGAUUCACAGAUAUAAUGGCUGCCAAAGGUGCUUCCACCAAGUAUUAACUCUGGUGUGUGAAGACAUACACAAUCAAGACAUCUUCGGCCAAAAAAAUAAAAAAUAAAAAUAAAAAAAAGAUUAGGAAAAUGUUCUAGAACCUUCUUUCACUUUGAAAAUAUAGAGUAGGUUGUGUAGAUCUGUAGGAAAAAAAUCUAAUUGAAUCACUCUUUAGAUUUAAGGCAGCAAAAUAGGAAGACUAUGCAAGGGUGUGUAGACUUUCACUAGGCACUGUUUUUUCACCACGUCAUUGCUCUCUCUCUCGCUCUGCUGUGUGUGCAUCUUGGCACCUGUCACUCAAAUGGCGAGGGGCUGAUGCUCAUUGGCUAGUACUCAAAUUGCUAGGGGGCUGGCCCACGUGGGGGAAACUGUAGGGAAAAUGGCGCAGCACAGCUUCCAGAAAGAAACAGUUGUUUUCAAACUAGGGAUUUCGUGGCUAAUUGAGGUAAGCCAGUAAUUCUGCUAAUAGCUUAUGCAUGUAUGAACUACACAUUGACACAUCCAGCCCAAAGCGAGAGGUUUAAUUAAUACUUAGUAGUUGCCAAAGUUCUGGAGCAUGUCUUUAAGUCCAAUCAAUUGAAGAGUUAAACUGCACUCCUAUGGGGAAAAUCCCAUGUCCGAUUCAGCCCACUGGGCAAGAACUGGUAGAAUCAACGUUGUUUCCACGUCAUUUCAACCAAACAAAUCAAUGUGAUGACGUUGCGUCAACGUGGAAAACUGAUUGGAUUUGCAAAAAGUCAUCAGCGUAAAGGCACUGUCUUUGUUUCACCCAACUUUUAACAAUUUUUUGUUGAUUUCAUGUUGAAUUCAUGUUAGUUAAAAACUAAACCAAAUGUAAAUCAAAACUACAUGUUGAACUGACGUCUGUGCCCAGUGGGAAUAGACUGGAAUUGAAAUGGAAUUGACCCCAGCUCUGCAGUUCAUACACAGUCCCCAUCUGCUGUGACUCAAUGACCUUAACCGGCGAAAUCGGUUGAUUAAAACAUAAUUCUGUUGAUUGAGCGACCAUGUCAUUUCCUGAACAUAAUGCCACACAAGUGGGGCAGAGUCAUUGAAAUGUAUUCCCAAUCGGAAGAGAAUAUGAGAUUACCAUCUAAAAACCCCUCUCAUGUUGUCGUCUGAAAAACCGUGCUGCCACUUGAGUUUCUGUUAGUUUCCGAGUGAUUUCUCAAAAGAUCCUGGAAUGCUGGAGCUGGGCAAGCCAGACGUCUUUUUAAUAGACUUUCUCCUUGAGCGUAAUUGAAGCAACUCAAGCACAGAUUAAUUUGCCACUGACCAAAUCAUAUAUUAAUGUGUAUUUUGUGUGUGUGUGUGUGUUUGUGUGUGUGUGUGUGUGCAUGCAUUUGUGUGUGUCUGUUGUCAUAGGUCCUGCUAUGUUUCUCUCGAGACACUGCGGUCUUGGAGCACUUCAGCUACAACAGUGCCACUCCUCCCAAAUCCUACAUUCAAGGUGAGCCAUUCUACCCUUGAAGAGGAUGCAUAUUAUCUCAUCUAACUGACAAUCAUCACAAGUGUUCUUUAAGGGAAAUCUCAUAAACGGUAUUGAUGUCAUGGUUGGUUACCUGCAGGCAAGGUGGGAAUUGAGGAGUUUGCUGUGGUGUAUCCUCCAAAUGGUGAGAAUAGUCCUUAACCCCAAAUUCACUUACCAACACACAUAUAAGUAGCCCUUUAUGCUUGUGCUCAAUCAUUGAUUGACUAUUCUCAAUUUCUCCUCCGUAUAGGUGUCAUCCCAUUCCAUGGUUUUUCAAUGUACGGUAAGUACGGCUUCUACCUUCUAAAUCAUAGUACCUGCUAAAAUUGUGAUCAUGAAAUAGACCCUUUAAAAAAAGAAUCUGGACACCCAUUGUAUGUAGAUCCAGUGCUGAGGUGUUACUGUGUGUCUGUGUCCUCCAGUGGCCCCUCUGUGCUUCCUGUACAACGAGCCCUCCAAGCUGUACAGUGUGUUUAGGGAGAUGUAUGUACGCUACUUCUUCAGGCUGCAUUCCGUCUCCUCCUCCACCUCCGUAAGUUGAACACAGAGAGAGAGACGGAGAGGGAGAGAGAGAGAGGCGAGAGAGUGUGUUUUCUGUCUGUUCUCUGUUCAUAUUUGUGUUUCUAUGUAUAGCUAUGUCUUUUCGUGUAUGUUUGUGUUCAUGAAAGUAUGUCGUAUUGAUACGGUUGUGUUUCUGUGUCCGUCUGUGCAUGUACUGUAUGUGUGUGUGUAUUCACAUUACUCAUGUUAUUCCAUAGGGUAUAGUUUCUCUGUGCCUACAGUUUGAGAGGCUGCUACAGACCCAUCUCCCCCAGCUAUUCUACCAUCUACGGGAGAUAGGCGCUCAGCCGUGAGUAUACACACACACACCAUAUGUUUUACUAUCCUUGUGGGGACCUAAAAUAGAUUUCCAUUCAAAAUCCUAUUUUCCCUAACUCCUAAACCUAACCCCUAAUUGUAACCCUAAAAUAUUAUUUAUACUUGUGGGGACGUGGGAAAUGUCCCCACGAGGGAGAAUUUUCCUUGUUUUACUAUCCUUGAGGGGACUUUGGGGGAUUUACAGUACCCAAAUGGAUAGUAAUACAAGAACACACACACGUUUGUUUUACUAUCCUUGUGGGGACCAAAUAAAUUAUUUCCCAUUCAAAAUCCUGUUUUUCCUUAACCCCUAACCCUAAACAUAACCCUAAUUCUAACCCCUAAGCCUAAAAUAGCCUUUUUCCUUGUGGGGACUUGCAAAAUGUCCCCACUUGUCCGAAUUUUCCUUGUUUUACUAUCCUUGUGAGGACUUCUGGUCCCCACAAGGAUAGUAAAACCAAAAACACACACACCCCAACCCAUCCUUUAUACAACUCUAUUGAUAUGAAUGGCGUUAGUUCAAGCAUAUACCUCCAUCUAGUGGACAAAUAUUACAAAUACAUUACUUUGUGGCUUUGGAAAUGGCUGUGGCUUUGAAUAUGUAUGAAUAGAAUAUGUAUGAUUAUCUUUCAUUCAGGUAUAAAAAGGGAAAUGUGAAGUGUACAUUUGGGCUCCAAUGAUGAUACAUGAAAGAAUGAUGCGACACUAUUCAACUGUUGAAUAUACCCUCAGGUUGCGUAUUGCCUUUAAGUGGAUGGUGAGAGCGUUUUCUGGGUACCUCUCUACUGACCAGCUCCUUCUGCUGUGGGACCGAAUCCUGGGUUACGACUCACUGGAAAUCGUAGCAGGUAUGGCAGCACUCACGUGAAACUACUCCUCAAUGUAAGAAAUUUAAUUAAUAACACUAUCAACUUUGUGACCGUACAUUCUAGUAUUAAUUAGUUCACUAGUAUUUAGAGGUGUGCUAUGGUGUUAGGGCGGCAUUGAUGCUCAACUGUAUAGUGGGCAUUGACCUCACUUUCCCUUCUCCUCCCCCUAGUCCUGGCGGCGGCCGUCUUUGCCUUCCGGGCUGAGAACCUGAUGGAGGUGACAUCACUGGCCUCAGCUGAGGUGAGUGUGCUUUUCACUGAGGCCACAGGCAGGUGUCUCUCUCCCUCUGUCUCUCUCCCACACGCACACGCACACACUGGCCUCCACUCUGGCCCGUGGGGACUGAAAUAGCCCCUGACUCCCAGCCAGCACCAGUAACCCAGUCUUCUGCAUGCAGAUACCUUAAAAAACGCUGGCUGGUCAUUUCAAGCCCUCUGCCCCCCCAACACCCUGCGACCCCUCCUACCCCCCAUUAACCCCCACUCCCCCCGAAAUGCUCACACCGAAAUGUGCACGGGUCAUUAUUUUGGUGUACACAGGGUGUCUGUCUGUGUGUCUGUCUGUGUGCAUGAGAGAGAGAGGGAGAGAGAGAGAGGGUACAGAGAGUCAGAUAGUCCAUUUGAGUGUUGUUAAAUGUCUAUCGGGAAAAGUACAGAUUACACGAAAACAUACAAAGCACACAUAUAUAGAGCAUUGCACCAUGAACUUCACAUUGCAUGGCAUACAUUUUCCCUCUUAAUGCAAUUAUUCCAAAUGCCUUUUACAUCAGCCCCAGCCUCAUGUCCAUGUACCCACUUAAGACAGCCUUUACACUGUCUCCCCAGAGCAUUUGACUGACAGCCAUAGUAAACCUUAAGGUAAACCUCCUCUAGCCCUCUCUUGCCUCCCCCCUCCUAGGGAGUUAAUCCAAAGUGUGACGCACAGGCGUCAGGUUGACCUGAUGCUAAGAUGCUGGGCCACAGUAUUUGUUUGCUCAUUUACCACCUGGUCCACUGGAGAAGGGAUCAUAACAUGGCUCCUUAUUUUUAGAGCCUGUGCCGAGGGCCUGAAAUAUUAGACCCUUUCUGUAAACAUGAUAGGGCCCUAAAUGUAAUCCCAAAAGGCCAGGCUGGGAGAAUUGCAUAUUCCCUGCAUGAAGCCUACAAGGGGAAUCUGCAGCUCAAUAGUGUUUAAAAAAUAGUCACUAAAAAUAGUUUCUGGAAAAACGUUAUUACAUGGAACCUUAUUACAUCCACUGGUUGGUUGGUGUGAGUCUGCUGUUGGUCAGGGAGUGUGUGUCAGCGUUUUGACAAAAUGGCCGCUUAAUGAACGUGUGUUCUCUUUGACGACCUCCCUUACCGCAGGCCGUCCUCGCCGACCUUUCAACUCUGAAGGUCAUGCCCCUCAUUCAGAUCUUCCUGUUCGCCACUGUCAUCUGAGGACCUGCGUGUGUGUGUGUGAGACGUGUGUGCACUCACCGGAGGAGACGUGAACAAUUGCCUGUGCAGUCAAGCUGUUACCAUGCCAACGCCAGUGAUCGUCUGUCAGAGUCAGAGAUGCCAACCACACCGUAUAUGGAAUAUGAAAAGGCAAAAAAAGACCCUGAAACCUUGUAUAUCCAUUUCGCCAUAUUCCUUUCACUGUGUCAAAGCUGCAUGUCCCUCUGCAUGCACGCCACAGAAAUAGUUAUCACCAUGUAUCAUAUUAUUAGAUAUAUUAUACAGUAUGUAAGUAUAGCCCUCAGAUAAGCUAAGCAAAUCUUACCUGCUUAAGCUAUGCCCUCUAAGUAAGAUGAUACAUAUGCCAAUGCUUGGGACCAGCUUGAUGAGUCUAUUGGAAGCUGGAUUACAUGGAACAGUAUUGUAUUGGGUUGUAAUUGGCAGUGUGAAAGAGGAAACCCACUGGGCAAAAACUGGUUG